AUGGGUCACUUUUCGAGCUUCGACGGGCUGCCACUCAUCGUGCAUGAUGCCAUCCUGCGCUCGCUAGCCUCCCCAUGGGAUGUCGCCAAUCUCAUACGUGCCAGUCCUGGUUCCCUCCAAGCAUACACCACUGGCAGCCCAAGCUCUGUGCUGUUAUCUGCAUUGCGCAAGGUUUUGUCACUAGAGAACCAGCACCUAAUGAAUAUAGUCGUAGCUGCUGGACACCACCUGCGUACUGGGCAUUGGCUCACUAGGACCACCGCAGCCACCAAGGUAGAGCUCGAGGGUAUAGCAUCUCGAGAUGAACUUGAUCAGGCUCUCCGUUGCGUCUUCCAGAAGGUCCAUCCAACACCCCCGUGCCCCAAGCCCGAGAUUCACCAUUUGUCACCCAACACAAUCGACUCUUCGACCAGGCUGUUCGCCAUCAUCCACAAGGCAAUUCAAACUUACAGUCUCUACACAAUGGCAAGGGCGCAGCGACGUGUCACCAGGGAUUCCGGCCCCCAGACAUUUGCUUCGCUUAGCACCCUUUGUGUCGCACCAGCUUUGCAAGACGGCGAGACUCAACGACUUUGGAGGGCCUUCUUGCUUUAUCAGCUGUUUUGCGUCGUGUGGGGCCUGCCCCAGAUAGGCCGGGAUGUCAACAGUGACCAGGAAAUCGAACCCCCCCGAGACUUCCCCUCCAUCCGUGACUUGCUCAGUCAGAUGCCAGUAUACAUGCGCGAGGAGCUUAGUUGUAUCCGUGAAUAUGUGUGUGAACAGUACCUGUUGGCAUUCAACGAGGUCGUCGGGAGUUUCUCUCUUGCUGUCGCCAGGAUGGGCCAACGUACUGCUUCCGCCACGGACUCUUCAAACUCUCUGCCAGACGAAUCUCUUCGCCUUUAUAGGUAUCCCGGUUGUGCCCCCGGCCAGGAAGGCUGGCCGUUCAGCAUGUCCCUGCUAGGACCUGGCUUCUGGCAAGACUUUCUCUCCCACGACGCGACAGCCCGACUUCACUUUUUUCGAGCAACCUUUCACCUUUUCAAUAAAUGUCGUUUUCAAACACGACUUUUCUUUUCCAGGCGUGAUACCACAAGCCUGCGUUACUUCAAGGAAAAAGUCUUGCACUCAGACUUGGCCGAACUUCCGAUCACCUACACCACGCGUCGCCGUUUGAGGGCCGUCGGUUGGGCAUUCUGGGACGACCCUGACCGACUUGCAUCUAUGGAUCUGGUUCCUGGCCGCGUGAAUGCAGCUUACGGAAACGAGUCUGGAGAUCCGACAGAGCAAGCUCGAGAGGUUCGGGCACACCUCGCCCGGGACUUUGGCACUGUCCUCCACCAGAAUUGCUGCGACGAUAUCAAACGUCUCUUCAGGUCGGCAUGCAGCUUGAAGUUCAGCGAAGUCAUCUCGGCUGUGACCGGCCCUCGCGACCAGAAAGUGAGAGGCACCGAGGCCGAAGCCACCGUCAGCGAUGGACGACUGGAACAGAAGCCGGGUGACGGACGUCUAGGAAGCAAGAGACGACAAGGCCCUGAGGGACUAUUCCCAAUUUUUGGAAAAUCACAGCCUCAUUACCAUAUCUCCGAAGAAGAAGCAAAAUUAUACCUGCUAAUGCCCUCAUUAUCGAGCACUGCCAGUACAGGAUUACACCAAUCGGCCUUCACUUUCUUACGGGCCGUGUCCUGGGCGUGUUCGCAUCUCAACUCCACAAACCGUGACCAGUCUCGAACCCACCAACCAAAACCACGUCUCCGGAUGGUCCUGGAAGCCCAUCAUGCCGUACAUCUUGUGACGCGCCUCCACAACCCCAGGCCGCCCCCGAUGAAACAGCUCCCAGUACCUCCUGUGCCCAUCUCCACCGGCAUCAUCAUCCUCAACGUCAAAAUACGUGUCGCCCUCGAACUGGCCCAGGGCCACCGCCCGGCCCGCGAUAUCGCCAUCCGACAACAAGUGCACCACCGCCCGCGCGUGCGACUCCACAGGCACGAAGCGCACCCCGAGCGCCUGCAGGACCUCCGAGAGCCCGCCCUCGCCGGCGUUCAUGCCUGUCUCCAUGAACCACGGCACUAUGGCGUUGACGCGGACCCCCUUGCUCGCAAAGGGGACCCGGGCGGAGCGGAACAGCCCCCGCGCGCCGAACUUGGACCCGGUGUGGAUGAUGCUCGCGGGCAGCGUGACGAAGGACUCGGGGCUGAGGACGAAGACCACGCUCCUGCUCCGCGGUCUCGGGCCCGGCGCGGCCGUCAUGUACAGCUGCGCCAACUUGGGGCUGAACAUGGCGCCCUUGGUGUUGAGGUCGAUGGGCCGCGCGUCUGGCUCGGGUGGGUCCUCGGCGUCCAUGUCCGCCACGCCCGGGUCGUCCGAGAGGAAGAAGGGCUUGUCCAUGACGCCGGCGUUCAUGAAGAGGUGGUCUAG